AUGGUGCACCAGGAGAAACGCGUUUACCAGGCCCAGAGGAAUGAGAGAGAGUCCAUCAGGCAGAAACUUGCCCUUGGCAGUUUCUAUGACGACGAGCCAGUCAUCUACACCAGCUGCAGCAAGAACGGCCUGUCCUCCCGGCUGCAGAGUGGGGUGAACCUGCAGGUGUGUUUUGUUAACGACAGCAGCAGCGACAAAGACAGCGAUGCUGAGGACAGCAGGACAGAGACCAGUUUGGACACACCGCUGUCACCUGUGAGCAAGCAGAGCUCAUCGUUAUCUGACCGGGACACGGCGGAGGAGGACUCGGACCCGUUGGAUGACUGCGGGGGGUUCUGGCGGGUGCAGCGGAGGCUGCAGGAGGAGGCCCGGGUGGCGUUGGCACUGGCUCGACCCAUGGCCCGUAUGCAGGUGGAGGUGGAGAGGCAAAUCCAACUGCACAGACGUUCACCUGUGGCUGACUUGCUUCCCCAUUUGCCCCACAUCAGCGAGGGCUUGAUGAAGAGGAAUCUUAGGCGAGGGGACAUGAGGGACAUGAGUCUAGGACAGCUGCAAGUCAUCACAAAUGACUUACACUCUCAGAUUCAGAGUCUAAAUGAGGAGCUGGUGCAGUUGCUGCUGAUGAGGGAUGAGCUGCAUGUGGAGCAGGACGCCAUGCUGGUGGACAUAGAGGACCUCACCAGGCACGCUCACAGCCAUCAGCGGCACCAAGCAGAGAAAGCUAUCUCUAAAUAAACACCCUGUCUACACAUGUGUCCGCCUGCACGCCAUCUUACCUCUGGCUCCAUGGACUGUCACCAGUGUAAAUAAUGAAACUCCAUCUGUGCCGACUGUUUCCGGAGAAAUGAAUAUACGAUAUACUGUAGU